AUGAAGAAGGUUCUUCAAGAUCUACAAGCUCCACACUUCGUUAGACACCUUCCUGCAUCUUAUGUAAAGCUUGGGAUGGUUGAACAAUUGACGAAGAUGGUGGUGGUUUGGGUGGUGGCUCACGGCCGUAAAGGGAGAGAGAGGAAGGGAGUGAGUGGUGAAGUGAAGAUGGUGGUGAGAUCUUGUUUGACACAAGAGAGGUAUAAAAGAGCAGUAGUUUCUGACUGGAUUGUAGUGACAAACGGGGUAUGGAGUAUCAGGUCGCAUUGGAUUAGGCAGCUUGCAACGACUGAGGAACACAAUGAUUGGGCACAACUGUUUUCGUUGCUGUCCUCAGUCGCUUUGUCUGCUGAAAAUGAUAGGUGGAUUUGGUCUUUGGAUCCGAACAGGUCAUUUACUGUAAAAGGGUUACGAAGGCGCAUGGCUGAUAGUGAUCAUGAGGCAGUUGGGAGGGCGUUUAUGUGGAACCAAUGGAUGCCGAUUAAGGUAAAUUUUUUGGUAUGGAGGCUGAAUUUAGAUUCACUUCCCACAAGAGUGUCUCUUGGGAAAAGGGGUGUUAAUGUACUGUCGUUGAGUUGUGAGCUAUGUCAAGAUGAGGAGGAUUCAACAGACCAUGUUUUCGCAUCUUGUCGGUUUUCACAAAGGGUUUGGGAAGGGAUAGCAAGGUGGUGUAAACUGUCACCAUUAUUCUUCUUUGGCGUGGAGGAUCUGGUACACUACCAUGAGCAAACACGUGGGUCAAAAGUAUGGAAACAGCUGAUAUAUUCCAUCUUUCAGGCGACAAUUUGGUGCAUCUGGGCGAGUCGUAAUAAUGCGGUGUUCGAUCGGAAGAGGAGUUCGCCGGAUAGACUGGUGGAGGAGGUAAAAGUGUUGAGCUUCUUAUGGGUAAAACAUCGGUCAAAAGCGACGGCUUUAGGGAAAAUUGGUGCACGUUUGAUGUAA